AUAAACUAGCUUGCCGUUCAUAAAGAUUUCAUCAUAUAUAGCACGAUUUUUUUGCACAAUGAUUUUGCCGUAAUAUAUAAACUUCAGUUUCAUAUAAUUAGUCGUCAAAAAUAUUAUAUUCAAAAAUAUCUCCUAUGAAUUCAUACUGUACCAUAUUCUUUGUUUAAGGUUUCCUCUGCAGACCAACCAGUAUCUGAGAGGGGUUUUUUAGGAUUCCUGCUAGGCCCUUGUAGAUGUAGAUGUGGUAUUCCCAACAGAGAGGCACGUCUAGUGGGCGGUGAAUAUUUAAGAGGACAUGAAUUUCCUUGGGCGUCUCUGGUGCAGCUACCGGGAAACCUGUCUUUUCCUGCUACACUUAUCAAUGACAAGCAUUUACUAACCUCUGCAAAUACUGUCAUAGGGUACACUCCCUCAGAUUUGAAAGUGACUGUAGGACUAUUCGACAGAUGCUUUGCGGAUGUGUCCUCAAUGAACCUUAGCAUCAAUAGAAUUAUAAUCCAUCCAGAUUUCAGCCCUGGCAAUCGAGCACAUGAUAUUGCCUUGCUUGAAUUAAGCAAUCCUGUUCGAUUUGAGCGACGAAUCUCACCAAUAUGUUUGGCAACCCCAAAUACACGGUACUUAGGACAAGUGGCAACAGUGUACAGCUGGACACAAGCAAUCUCUAAAAAUGAAACCACUGAUACCAGUCAAACAAUCAAAUCCUGUAGGCCGCGAAAGUUGGGCUUACCAAUUUUGGGCUAUGAAGAAUGCUUAAAUGCUGCGUCCAACUCAAACUAUGUCAGUAUUGACAAGGGAUGUAUUGGGGUUAUUGGUUCUUUCAGUCCUAUUUGCGAGGUCGAUUCAGGUGGAGCGGUUACGUUCAGAUCCCGCCAAGGAGUGUACGAGCUCAUAGGAAUUCUCAGUGACAAAAAUGUAUGCGAUUCCGCCGCUCGUCCAAGUGUUGCUCUCUACACAACUAUAAACGAUCAUAUCUCCUGGAUAACUCAGAAUACAAGAGACGCCUGUUAUUGUGUAAAAACUUGAGAUUUUUUUUCAAUUGAUUUGAAUGCACUGAAAUAUAUGCUGAGUAGGAAUAAAGUUUUUCAGAGUUAUAUAAAAAUG